CCGAUAUCCCAGCAUCCUUUGCGCGUUGACGAGGAAGGGUAUGUUUCCGGUGCGCUCCGAGGACACAUCAAGAAACGUCCCAAGUGUCAUUUAGUCGUGUGACUGAAGCUCAAAAAGAUGUCUGACACUGUCGAGGAGAAGAUCAAGAACUACAGGACGGCUCCCUUUGACGCCCGAUUCCCCAACACCAACCAGACCCGCAACUGUUAUCAGAACUACCUGGACUUCCACAGGUGCAAUAAGGCCCUGUCGGCCAAAGACCAGGAUGUGGCUCCCUGUGAUUGGUACCAGAGGGUCUACAAGAGCCUCUGUCCUAUGAGCUGGGUUUCCAAAUGGGACGAUCAGAUAGAGGAUGGAAGUUUCGCAGGGAAGAUCUGAAAUCGGCAGCUGUUAUUGAUCAGGACAGUCCCCUCCAGGACAUUCUGUUACCUGCAGCUCAGUAGUGCGCCUAAGGACAUCUACGUCAGUGAUGCUACUGUUGUUGACUUUAAAUUUAAACACGCACAGCUUUGCAUGUUACAGUCUGAAGUUUUUUCCCUGUCUCAAUUGUAAAGUAUUCUUCCGGUUUGUUUCAUCAUUAAAUACAGUUCGGAUUUAAUGAAAA